UCCAUACUCCUUUAAAAGAUUCGAGCAGCCAAACAUAGGCCUUCUGGUUAAUGUAGUUCCUUUUGUGGCUGCUGGAACUUGCCGUGUAGAUACACAUGCGUGCGAAGCAUCCUCUUGAAACUGAAACCAAGUGGUACAUGCAAUACACAUACUAAACCAUUCAAAACUGCUAAGUUUUGAGUUGGUUUCAGCCGGUGUGUGCCCAAUACCGACAUGCAGUGAUCAGUUUCAUGGUUCUGUUUGAGAUUUGUGCACCUCUGCUUCCGAAGUGUUUUCUUCCACUGCAUUGCUCGGGCAGUGACUUUGUCCUUGUUGUAAUCACCAGAUGCAGUUUGUUGAUCAAGGAUGGAUGUGGCUUCUCACAACUGGGAUGCAGACCAAGAUUCAGAGGACUUUGUGAGGAACAGGCAGGCAGGAGAUGCUUUUUCCAAGCUGGCUGAACUGAUGGCUCAAGCUGAGCAAAAGCAGGAUGGUCACAAUCCAAAGUCUCUCCAGUCAGGUUUAUCCACAUGUGAAGAGUGUCACCAGGACUUCCCAGAUUUGGCAGGACUUGCUCGCCACCAACAGAAACUGCAUGCCCUGCGGAAGCCUCAUCGCUGCAAAGCAUGUGGCCAAGAGUUUGCUCUCCUCUCUACCCUUCAGUUGCACAAGUGCCCCAGCUCUUCCUCAGUCUGCCAGCUGUGCCAUGGGAAAGCCCAACGUGGCGCCCCUUGUUCCGCGUGCUCUUCUGAGCUGUCAGACCCUAAGGGUCUGCAGGAGCAGUCCCACCUCUACCAACACCGCCAUCACCAUGACAACAGCCCCUAUGCGUGUGCUCCCUGUGGUCGUGCUUUCAGCCACAAACAGGAGUUACUUUACCACCAGCAGGCAGGUGGAUGUCAGCCUGCUCCGCUUAGUCCCAAGGCUCCCAAACCCUCCACUGUCCUAUCAUCUUUCACUCCUGUCCCUACACCAACACCCUCAUAUGCUUCUCUUCCCCCAUCUCCCCCCAGGCCGGGAGUGUGCCAGUUUUGUCCAAGGGUUUUCCGCUCAGCCGCAGGACUGGCUAACCAUCAGCGUUUCUGGCAUCCAAGCCAGUGGGCAAAGAAUCCAACUAAACGUUCACAAAAAUCUGCAGGGAAAAUGAACGGUAAAACUUUGGAGAAAAUGCCAUAUUCAGAAUGUAAAAAUGCUUCAGACUCAGCAAAGAAAAGCGAUGCGAUCCAAAAGAAGGGCCAGCUGUUCCCCUGUCGCUCCUGUGACCGGGUGUUCUCCCAGACCGCCAUGCUGCAUCAGCACAGGAAAGAGGUACACCGGCGAGAGAAGAGACCCUGGCGGGAGCACAGACCAUCAGCUAAAAGCACAAGACAGAGGAAGAAAGGUGAAACUUACCCAUGCCUCAUCUGUGGCAAAGUGUUCCUCCACCACCUGACGCGUUGGGCACAUCUUCGCACCCACAGCGCCCAACAGCAGAGCCAGAUGCGAAAGGUUGCUAAAGGAGUGAAGCCAUCAAAGCCCACCAAGGAAACAAAGGCAGCUGAAAAGAAUCCCGCCAGAAAAACCAAAAAGACUAAAUGCAGCUCCACAUCAAAAGCAGGAAAAGUAGACACAAAGAAACAAAGGAGAAAGAGAGAGAACCUAGAGGAAGAUGGUGAGUUCCCGUGCCCAUCCUGUCUUGAGGUUUUCAGCUCUCCAGCUGCUCUCUGCAAGCAUGAGGAGGUUCAUCAGCCAGCAGAAAUCGUCAAUAAUUGCAGUAUUUGCAAUGAAGGAAUGCCCCCCAUUGAAGGAAGAGCCACUAUGCCUGAGCUAUUAUACCAUUGUGUGCCAUGCAGGGAGGCUUUUUUCUCUCUGAACAGCUUUUUGCAGCACUGCCAGAUGCACCUUCCUAGUGAUGAUAAUGGUGAAGGAUGUGACAGUGAUGACUGACUAAGUUUAUUAAGGGUUUUUGUGAAGCCAUCUCUCUCCUACCCGUCAGUGUUGUUCCUGGGCUAUAUACUUUAACUCAUGGUGAUGGUACUGAAUACAUGAUAAUGGUGAAGUGAUGUAUUGAUGAGUUUAUAUGAUGGUUCUAAAGGAUAGUUAUCACCAGCAACAGAAAGGUGUGGCAGUGUUUGCUAGAAUAAAAUAAAUUGCGUUGUGUAACUGUUGAUUUUUUUUUUCUUCCUCGGUCAGUUUACAUUUUUUAAUAGGUCUAAAUAUUUUUUAAGAAGACCUUCACCUGAGCCUUACAUUGAACCAAACUGUGCUUAAAAUGAUUUUAUCAAUGAGAGAUGGGGUUGAUGUUAUGCAUCAAGUGUAAUGGACACUGUGAUUCUUGUUUUGUACAAAAAGAUGGUCAUAGAUAAAAGCCAAAUGGUAGAACAUUAAAAUGAAUUAUCUCAA